CCAGAUUUUCAUUCCCCAGCUCUGCUAUCUGAAACUUCGACAACGCAUAGCAAGAACCUUUGGGUCCUUGGACCGGAGAACAAAUCAGUAUCAGCGAUUCCGGAGCUGUAUCUAUAACCUGUCAUCCAUUGGAUUGCGAAAUAGUACAACCCGAACUGUUUUCUCAUACCAAAUCAGCAAAGAGAUUUCUCGGUUUACAUUUUACUUUACACAUCUUACAUCUUGCCCCAGUGGUUUUCAGAUCCAAUCAACCGUUGCGCUCACACGACAAUUCCAAGAGCCAACUCACUCUCACUGAGACAGCGAUACUUAAACAAAACCACAAAGAUGCUCGGUUGGUACCAGGCCCGCAUGGCGGCCCGACCCCUCCUUACUCCAGCGAUAACAACUUCAAUUCUCUUUGGGGUAGGCGACAUCGCCUCACAGCAGCUCGUUGAGAAGAGGGGCAUCGAGAAGCAUGAGUUUGCUCGCACAGGACGGAUGUUGCUCUAUGGUGGUACCAUCUUCGGUCCCGCCGCAACGACCUGGUUCAGGUUCCUGCAGCGGAACGUCCAGCUGCGGUCGGCCAACGCGACCAUCCUGGCGCGGGUGGCGUGCGAUCAGCUCGUCUUUGCGCCGACCUUUAUCGGCGUGUUCCUCAGCAGCAUGGCCGUGCUCGAGGGCUCGUCGGUCCAGGAGAAGCUGGCCAAGAGCUACAGCAGCGCGCUCACGACCAACUGGAUGAUCUGGCCGUUUGUGCAAAUGGUCAACUUCAAGCUCGUGCCGCUCGACUACCGCCUGUUGUUUGUUAACGUGAUUAGCAUUGGCUGGAACUGUUAUCUCAGCUAUCUGAAUAGCUCAUGAAGAGGUUGUUGGUUAGGGAGGGGAGGAUAUAAUUCAGGGACGUGGCCCGAGCGUACUGGACUAGGUAUUACAUAUCGUGAUUAACGGGCUGAUUGAGCGAGGUAUGCCAGGCGUUUAGAGGGUCAAGACGGGUGCCAUCAAGGCUUAUUCUCAUUGCUGUUCGGUCAGUAGACGGCUUGUAGAUGGCGCAAAAAGCAGAGCUCUCUCAAUGGUACGUUGUACGAUACAGUACUCAUGCUUCAAAUUAAGUCUAUAAAACUGCA